UCUUUGUGUUGUUUUAGUGAACGUGUUUUCCAAAACUUGUGUCUUUUUUUCUUAAUACUUACUAUAAUACGUUUGUUUAAGUAUUAUAAUACUUACUACUACACAAACUGCAUUCCAAAAUUAUUUUUUUGCGACAUCAAAAAGGGAGGUUUAAUAGCUAUUCGACUGUAGUCUGCAACAUCAUGGCAGAAAGUAACAAGGAAUGGAAGUUUUAUCCAAAUUGUGACAGUAGCGUAUGGUUGAGAUCCUGUGAGAAAGAGGUUAUCGAACCUCUUGAUGGUGAAAUUAUUGGAGAAAUACCUCAAUGGUUACAAGGCACUCUCUUAAGAAAUGGACCCGGCUCACUUAAUGUUGGUUCCAUGAGGUUCAAGCAUUUGUUUGACAGUGCAGCGUUACUUCACAGAUUUUGCAUUAAAGAUGGUCACGUGACAUAUCAGUGCCGUUUCCUUAAAUCAAGGACUUUUCAGAAAAAUCGCGCCGCUAAUCGCAUUGUCGUUAGUGAAUUUGGUACUAAAGCCGUCCCAGAUCCCUGCCACACUAUAUUUGAUAGAGUCGCUGCACUAUUUAAACCAGGUGAAUCGUUCUCAGAUAAUGCAAUGAUUUCAGUUUAUCCAUUUGGAGAUGAAAUGUACGCCUUUACAGAAGGACCAGUCAUUCACAGAAUUGAUCCAGUAACCCUAGAAACUAUGGAACGGAAAAAUCUGAUGGACUCCGUCGCUCUUGUCAAUCACACUUCUCAUCCACACGUUAUGUCCAACGGAGACGUUUACAACGUCGGUAUGUCUAUUGUAAAAGGUCGAUUGCGUCACGUCGUUGUUAAAUUCCCGUUUAUAGAAAAAGGAAGUAUGUUCGAAAAAGCAAAAAUCGUCGCAAGUAUAAAACCACGACAUAUGUUGAAUCCUUCAUAUAUGCACACAUUUGGAGUGACAGAGAAUUAUUUCGUGAUAGUAGAGCAACCGCUAUCCGUGUCAUUAAUCAGUAUAGUACGGAACCAAUUAACGAAUGGUCCCCUGGCUUCAUGUUUACAAUGGUCUCAAGAACAGGAGACACAUAUAGUACUAAUUUGUAGACAAAGUGGCAAGGAAGUAAACAGAUAUAGGACAGAGACGCUAUUUUUCCUACACAUCAUUAACUGUUUUGAGAGAGAUGGAAACAUGGUGGUUGAUAUCUGUGCAUACAAAGACGCUAAGGUCCUAGACGCCAUGUAUAUUCAAGCCAUUGAAACAAUGCAAAGUAACGCGGAUUACGCUGAAUGGUUCCGUGGCAGACCAAAAAGACUUGAGAUGAGUUUGAACGCUCCUCGAUUAACCAAAGUAAAUCCUAAAGUGCUGGCAGAUCUGGGCUGUGAAACGCCUAGAAUUUACUACGACAUGCAUAACGGUCGAGCAUAUAGAUAUUUCUACGCAAUUAGCUCCGAUGUAGAUGCUGAGCAUCCUGGAACGAUAAUCAAAGUCGAUACCGUGACAGGAGAAAUAAAGACGUGGUGUGACAAAAAUAUGUACCCCAGCGAACCUAUAUUUGUUCCCAGUCCUCAGGCUAAGGAAGAAGACGACGGUGUGAUUGUAUGCGCCCUCGUGUCGAGUGAAGACGAAAACGUGGUGUCGCUUGUUGUUCUAGAAGCGAGCAGUUUGCGCGAGUGUGCGCGCGGAAACUUUCGCACGCCUUCGCCCGCUCCGAAAUGUCUGCACGGAUGGUUUCUACCAAGCAAUUAAAUAUAAAAUAAACAUAUUUUUGAAGUAAAA